AUGCUACAAUCGUGGGUUCCGCAGCGUAGCGCUGCUAAGGCUGCCGAAGACAAAGUCAAGCAACAGAUCAGCACAACAAGGGCCUCGACCUCCUUGUCUCCCUCUCUCGCCAGAUCUCAAGCUACACGCUCUUGUUCCGCUUCCAAGACCACUCCCAACUCCUCGGCUUCUUCUUCCUCCGAUCAUCCGCCACCCGCUCAAAAGGCUGCAUCUAUCGCCACAGUAUCACCUCAGCCCACAGCAGCAUCAAUAGAUCAAGGAGAAUCAUCGUUGUCCGAAGAAAGUGAUACUGAAGAAGAUGAAAUUAUCCAGCUGGACAGAAAGUCCCCCUUGGCCAAAAGCAGCUCGUCCAGUCACAAGGAGGCAGCCAAGCCCGCCACACCUCGCAAGAAGAUUCUCAAGGAACCCAUCACAAAGGCAGACGAUCCUAUCGUCCAGCAGUCAGAGUCCCAAGCAGGGCCCAGCGCUACCGCUACACCCUCUCGUACCUCUUCGAAACGAAGCGCAGCACGCGCCGCCCAAAACAACAUUCAGCGCUCAUAUUCCGACUUCUACAUGGAAGACCAAGUUGAUGUUCAAGAAGCAACGACACCAGCACCAAAGAAGCCGCGUACAUCGACAGGAGGCCGCCUCAAGGCAGGGCACAAGCAGCAGAAGCAGGUCGAUCCCGAGCUCCGUCCUCCGUCAUCAUCAUCAGGAUCCGGUUCGGCUUCUAAGCCACGCUCCAAAAGCUCCAACAGUCGAACCAGUGGUGCCGCUUCACAAGCACCAAAUCUCGCCCGACGCUUCCAGGACGACAACGGCGUGAUUUGGGAACUCCAGUACACCAAUUGCCAACGGCAACGCUACACUGCCUACCGCAAAUGCGUCUAUUGUGUCGCCAGGCAGGCAGGAGAUACUUGUCGCUUCCUAGGCUUCCGUGCCUUUGCCAUCAACCCAGCCACCGACGACAUCUACCCUAGCGAUGCACCAAAUAAUCCAAAGCCAAUCUUCCUUUCAUCUCCAGACGCAGACGAUGUCAUGGAACUACCUUCCAAGCGCCCGCUCUCUUGGGACGGUCUCUUCGAAGCGCAGACUAUCGUCGGCAAGUCCCUGUUGCCCGUGCUCGAGGCCGAGCUUGCUCACGCACAUCAACCCGAGGUGCUGCGGAGACCAAGAGAGAAAAUCUGUCGACAGAUGUGCGAGUUCUGCGCCACGAGCAUCUUCUCCGCAAGUUGGUUUUGUCGCAGGUGCGGAAGAGAAUACUGCCCCGACUGUAAAGAUGCUAUCGAGCAUCCAAAUAACAUUGCUGACCCGGUGUUGGCGAAGCGAUUGGCUAUGUGCGACAGAUUUCGAGUCCAUCCUGCCAGCGAUCUCGUUCCGCUCACGAGGUUCGAUGUUGCCCUGCUCGAGCAAGAGCUCGAUGCCAUGCGCGCUUUGCUCGACCGCAAUAAGCCCAGCGAGGAGAGCGGCAUCACUGAGCCAACGCAAGCAUCCAUCGAUGCCACCGAAUCAUCGCAGUCGGGGUCCAGCAGCGAUAGCGACCAGGAAGCAGCCAGCAUCAACUGGGAAGACGUCCCAGAAGAUCGAGCAGGCCUCACCGCGGACGACAUCAUCGGCAGUCUCAACUUGCGCACUUUUGAUAGCAACUCCUUCGACACCAACGUCUUUCGCCGCGAAUGGGCUCACGGUGAGCCACUCCUCGUACGCAACGUCAUCAAACCAAUGCAGCACACUUGGCAUCCCAAGGAACUCAUCGAUCGCUACGGCAAAGAGUCAUGCCAUGUUGUUCGCUCCGAUACGGAUCCACCUAUAGUCAACGAAGUGUCUGUGGGAGAGUUCUUUUCCACUUUCGGCAAGGAUCGCGAGACCAAGCAGCAAGUCCUCGGCUCCGGCUCCUGGAAGCUCAAGGACUGGCCGCCAUCGGCUGAGUUCAAGGCCGAGUUCCCAGAGCUCUACGAGGACUUUAACAGGGCUGUUCCUGCUCCAGAGUAUACGACCAGAGAAGGAGUCCUCAAUCUAGGCAGCUGCUACCCGACCGGCGUCAUCCAGCCCGAUUUGGGUCCGAAGAUGUACAAUGCCUGGCCAGCCAGCGAAGGCCAGGGCGGCAACGGCACCACUCGUCUCCACAUGGACAUUGCCGACGCGGUCAACAUCAUGCUGUACGCCUCCCUGCCGAACGGAGAGGACGUACCAGAGCAACACCAACCCGGAGUUGCAGCAUGGGACAUCUUCCGCGCUGAAGACGCCGACACACUCCGCACCUUCCUCCGAGAGGAAUAUGCCAAACUCAACUUCAAAGAUGACCCAAUCCACAUUCAACGCUUCUUCAUCUCGGCACCCCAACGAGUCAAGCUUUGGAAGAAGUACGGCGUCAGAUCAUGGCGAAUUUACCAGAAAGCAGGCGAAGCAGUCUUUAUCCCCGCUGGCUGCGCCCACCAGGUAUGCAACCUAACGGACUGCAUCAAGGUGGCGGUUGACUUUGUAUCGCCUCAAAACGUCGAGCGGUGCUUUAAGUUGACAGCUGAGUUUAGAGGUUUGGUGAAUGAUUACAAGAAGGCUUGGAAGGAGGAUGUCUUGUCGUUGAGGACGACGUUGUGGUACGCUUGGUGUACGUAUAGAGAGAUGGACAAUAAGGGGCCGAAUAGGUGGGCUGCUGAGCAGACGAAGCAGGGGGAGAAGGAGAAGAAAGAGAUGCCGAGCGUGUCCAGGAUGGUCACACAGGGUGAUUAA